AUCAGGAACAAGCAGAAGAAAAUUUCAGCUACAAGUGGGCGUGUGGCGGCUCUGCUUCUCAGAAAUGGGUCAUGAAUACCAAAAAAUUCUAAUUUGUCUCUUUUUGUUAAAUAUUCAAAGUUUUGUGGUGCAAGGCUUCGCGUUGAGGAACUGUCGGAUCAGUCUGAACGUGGCUCUUUGUGACGGGAAUAAGCUCACCCUGGUCCCCACUGAUAUUCUUCCAACAAUAGCCUACGCCUACUACAUGCUCGUGGCUUGGCUUUUCGAUACAAAGAACAAAAACAGGAAAGCGUCAAACCAGUACGAUGCGUUUGUCUCGUACAAUGUCCACGAUGAAGCCUGGGUCUACAGAAAACUGGUCCCACAUCUGGAGAAGAAUCAAGGUUGGAAGCUGUGUCUGCACCAUCGGGACUUUGAACCAGGAAAGCCAAUAGUGGAGAAUAUCACGGACGCCAUAUAUGGAAGCAGGAAGACCCUGUGUGUUAUCAGCAGGAGAUAUCUACAGAGUGAGUGGUGCUCCCGAGAGAUGCAAGUGGCCAGUUUCCGGUUGUUUGACGAGAGGAAGGACGUGCUGAUCCUGGUGUUUUUGGAGGACAUCCCCUCGGCUCACCUGUCUCCGUAUUACCGCAUGAGGAAAGUGCUGAGGAGGCAGACGUACCUGAGAUGGCCCGGGAUAGGACCAGGGGAGGCGCUGUUCUGGGAAAAACUCAGAAAAGCUUUAACCAGCACAGAGUCAAAAGCAGAGGACAGGCUGCUGCUGACUGUAACCUCUGGACACUGAGACAUGUCCAGUGAUGGGAAGAAUAAUUUGAAAAUGUAUUUAAUCACAGAAUACUGAAUACAAGUAUUAAAAUGUGCUGCAUUAUGAAUACUUAAAAUACCUUUGAAUACAUUGAGCUGUGUUAUGCACUUUCUAUCACUGACUGCAGAAGGUCAAAGGUGACAGGCAUUCACCACAAGAGCCGUGUUAUAUAUUUUUUCUCUUUAAUACUGUACAGUUUGAAGUCUAAAUUGUGUGAUCAAAUACUGCAAUGUUUGAUUUUAGGAAAGAGUAACUGUACGGGAAUGCAGUUACUCAAAAUUAGUAUUCUGGAUAUGUAUUCUUGGUACAUGUUUUCCGUUACUUUCCAACCCUGGACAUAUUAAGAAUAAAAAAUUGGCUUGGUGCCCCCGCGUGCUUGUCUCCAUGGAGAUAGAUAUGUUUAACCAGGGGCGUCGGACUGAGAGGGGGGUACUGUUUACUAAGGGCCCAGUGCAGGGAGGGGCCCCACACAAAGUCUGUAAUGUGCAUUUUUUAUGAGACAAUAUGUAGUGUGGGCCCCGAAAAAAUGUGUGCUACACCUCUGCGUUUAAUGCUACACUGUGUAACAUUCCAGGCCUCACCUUUUUGUAUCUGGGAAGCUUAUGAAUACUAAAU